UUUCAACACUAGCACAGCACACAGUAUAGUAUAAUUAACCAAACCAAAGAAAACCAAACACUUGCUGCCAAGCUCACUCAUUUCACUCACUACCCUCCAAUGGCUACCUUCUUCUGCACCACCACCAUUAAUUACUACUACUCAUUCAUCUUCCUCAUUUUCUCUUUCCUCAUUAUUCCUUUCAUCAACACCACCUCUGAACCUGACAUUCUUCUCUCUUUCAAAUCCACCAUUAAAGACCCUUCCAACUUCCUUGCUUCUUGGUCCAACACUACACUUACUCACCACUGCAACUGGACUGGCAUUACCUGCACCAAUCACAACACUCCAUCUGUCACUUCACUUAAUCUUCAAAGUUUCAAUCUUUCUGGUGAACUCUCCCCUGCAAUCUGUCAGCUCUUUAAUCUGUCUUCCCUUAAUCUUGCUGAUAAUCUCUUUAAUCAGCCAAUCCCACUUCACUUUUCUGAGUGUGACUCUUUGGUUAGUCUUAAUCUUAGCAGUAAUCUCAUUUGGGGUACUAUCCCAGAACAGAUUUCCCAGUUUUCCGCUUUGGAAGUCAUUGAUUUUAGCAUAAAUCAUAUUGAGGGUAAAGUCCCAGAAAGUUUUGGGUUGUUGAAACAUUUGAAAGUUAUUAACUUUGGUAACAAUUUGCUCACAGGCAAUCUUCCUAGAGUUUUUGGGAAUUUCACUAAUCUUGUUGUUCUUGAUUUGUCUGAGAAUCAGUUUUUAGAGAGUGAGAUUCCCAGUGAUAUUGGUAAUCUGGGAAAACUUGAGCAGAUUUUCCUGCAAAAUUCAGGGUUUUUUGGGGUUUUUCCGGAUACUUUUCUGGGUUUGAGUAGCUUAAAAGUGCUUGAUCUUUCCCAGAAUAACCUAACUGGUGAGCUUCCCAAGAAUCUUGGUGCUUCAUUGGGAAAUUUGGUGUCUUUUGAUGUUUCAUCCAAUAAGCUUAGUGGGCCAUUCCCAAAUGGGAUUUGUAGUGGAAAAACCCUAAUUAGCCUUAGUCUUCACACUAACUACUUUACUGGGUUAUUGCCUGAAAGUGUGAACCAAUGCUUGAAUCUUGAAAGAUUUCAAGUGCAGAAUAAUGGGUUUUCUGGGGAUUUCCCGAAUGGGUUAUGGUCUUUGCCCAAGAUUAUUCUCAUAAGAGGUGAAAAUAAUAGGUUUUCUGGCGAAAUUCCUGAGAUUAUAUCAACUGCUUUCAAAUUAGAGCAAAUUCAGAUUGAUAAUAACAGUUUUACUGGUAGUAUUCCUAAGGGUCUUGGAUCACUAAAGAGUUUAUACAGAUUUUCUGCUUCGAAUAACCGUUUGUUUGGUGGGAUUCCCCCUAGUUUUUGUGAUUCUCCUGUUAUGAGUAUUAUCAAUCUUUCUCAUAAUUUGCUGUCUGGUAAAAUUCCUGAGGUGAAGAAAUGUAGGAAGCUAGUAUCAUUAGCGCUUGCUGAUAACAGUUUAGUUGGUGAAAUCCCACAUUCACUUGGGGAAUUACCUGUGUUAACUUACCUUGACCUUUCUGACAACAAUCUCACUGGUUUGAUCCCAGAUGAGCUUCAAAACUUGAAGCUGGCAUUGUUCAACGUUUCCUACAAUGGAUUGACAGGGAGGGUACCUUUCUUGUUACUAACAGGCCUCCCAGCAUCAUUUUUGCAAGGAAAUCCAGGUCUUUGUGGUCCGGGGUUGCCUAAUUCUUGUUUGGAUGAAGGGAAACAACACCGGCAUGCCAGUCUUACAAAAACGGGAUAUGCCUUUAUAUCUAUAGCUCUAGCUGUUGCUAUGGUCAUGGUUGUUUACGCACUUCUCUUGAUUCAUCGUCGUGCUAAGAAGAGAUCAGAAAUGGGUGUUUGGCAUUCAGUAUUCUUCUAUCCUUUGAGGAUUUCUGAGCAGGAUUUGGUCAUGGCAAUCAAUGAGAAAACUGCAGUAGGUAGUGGUGGAACUUUUGGGAAGGUCCAUAUCAUAAGCUUACCAAGUAGUGAGCUUAUUGCUGUAAAAAAGCUGGUGAAUUCUGGGAACCAGUCAACAAAAUAUUUGAAAGGAGAAAUCAAAACAUUAGCUAAAAUCAGGCAUAAGAACAUUGUCAAAAUCCUUGGUUUCUGUUCCACAGAAGAUUCAAUUUUUAUCAUUUAUGAGUAUUUGCCAAAGGGAAGCUUGGGUGACAUACUUGGCGGGCCAAAUUUUCAGAUGCAGUGGAAUGUUAGGUUGAGAAUUGCCAUUGGGGUUGCUCACGGGUUAGCAUAUCUUCACAAUGAUUACUCCCCUAAUCUGCUACACAGAGAUGUGAAAUCAACCAAUAUUCUUCUGGAUGCUGAUUUUGAGCCCAAGAUUACAGACUUUGCUCUCGACAGAAUUGUGGGCGAUGCUUCAUUUCAGUCUAUUUUGGCCUUUGAAUCACCAUCUUCUUGUUACGUCGCACCAGAAUGUAAAUACAACAAAAAAGCGACAGAAGAGAUGGAUGUAUAUAGUUUCGGAGUGGUGCUGUUAGAACUGGUGACUGGAAGACAAGCAGGGUUAGCAGAUUCAGAAGAAUUAUCUCUGGAUAUUGUGAAGUGGGUUCGAAGGAAGAUCAACAUUGCAAAUGGAUCUGACCAUGUUCUCGACCCUAGGAUAUCGGCGUCUUCUAAACAAGAGAUGGUUGGAGCAUUAGAGCUGGGCAUACAUUGUACUAGUGUAAUGCCUGAGAAAAGGCCAUCAAUGACUGAGGUUAUCAAGGCCCUUCAAACUCUUGGCUCAACGUCUAGCUCUAGACGUCUACAGUUUACUUCCUCUGAUGACAAUUCACUUCCAGUUUGAGAAAUUAACAGCAGCAAUAGCCAAGUAUCAUAUUUUUAGUAAUAUUAUGUAAAUCCAGCUCGAUUUACUUGUUUCUAUAAUUACUACUUCUUGUUUUUGAAGGAGGAUGCUCAGCAUCAGCAUCAGCACCAAUAUACUACUAGUACUAGUUUGCGAUUUUUUGAAUACUAGUUAUAAGAAAUACAAUACAAGUUAUAGCUAAAUACAUAUGCUGAUGGUACUUCCAGUUU